UCGGAGGCGGGGCGAGCGCGCCGGGCGGAAGUCGGCCCUCCGCUCGGUCCUGGUCUCCGCGCUGCGAGGUCCCCGUCCGCGGGCCCAGAGCCAGUCUGCACCGGGUCCCGCCAGCCCUUCGCGCGCGCGGCCGCCCGCCAGCCCUGCCGCCCCCGGCAUGGAAUGAGUCUAUGCACUCCGCCUGGAUAAGUGUGGGGCGCCUCCCCGCGCUGGCGUCCAUGAGCAAGGCCACGGACCCCCGCUUCCGCGUCCGCUGGAAAGUGAUCCUGCCGUCGGUCGUGGGCGUCGCCGUGCUCUGGCUGCUCUGCUCCCACCGCCCGGCGCCGGCCAGGCCCCCCGCGCCCAGCGCCCACAACUGGCGGCUCAGCCAGGCGGCUGCCGACCGAUACAAUGACACCUACCCGCUGUCGGCCCCCCAGAGGACGCCGGGCGGGACCCGCUACCGCAUCGCAGUCAUCGCCGACCUGGACACGGACUCCAAGGCCCGGGAGGAGAACACCUGGUUCAGCUACCUGCAGAAGGGCUACCUGACCCUGUCCCACAGCGGGGACCAGGUGGCCGUGGAGUGGGACCCGGGCCACAAGGUCCUGGAGUCCCACCUGGCGGAAAAGGGGCGGGGCAUGGAGCUGUCCGACCUGGUCGUCUUCAACGGGAAGCUCUACUCUGUGGACGACCGCACGGGGGUGGUCUACCGGAUCGAGGGCAACACGCCCGUGCCCUGGGUCAUCCUGUCCGACGGUGACGGCACCGUGGGGAAAGGCUUCAAGGCGGAGUGGCUGGCGGUGAAGGACGAGCAUCUGUACGUGGGCGGCCUGGGCAAGGAGUGGACCACCACCACGGGCGAGGUGGUCAACGAGAACCCCGAGUGGGUGAAGGUGGUGGGCUUCCGGGGCAGCGUGGACCACGAGAACUGGGUGGCCAGCUACCACGCCCUCCGGGCCGCCGCCGGCAUCCACCCGCCAGGCUACCUCAUCCACGAGUCCGCCUGCUGGAGCGACGCGCUGCAGCGCUGGUUCUUCCUGCCGCGCCGGGCCAGCCGCGAGCGCUACAGCGAGCGGGACGACGAGCGCAAGGGCACCAACCUGCUGCUCAGCGCCAGCGCGGACUUCGGGGCCGUCUCCGUGCGCCGCGUCGGGGAGGUGGUGCCCACGCACGGCUUCUCCUCCUUCAAGUUCGUGCCCAACACCGAUGACCAGGUCAUCGUGGCCCUCAAGUCCGAGGAGGACGGCGGCAAGGUCGCCACCUACAUCAUGGCCUUCACGCUGGACGGGCGCUUCCUGCUGCCCGAGACCAAGGUCGGGAACGUCAAGUACGAGGGGAUAGAGUUUAUUUAAAUCUUAGAGGUUCAGGCGUCAGGCGGCCCGAGGGCGGACGGCUUUAAGCGGCAUCAGGGCCCCACUUCUAUAAAAAGCCGGGGCCUGCCCUUCUGUGGUGUUUGUUCUGCUCUUUUUCUUCCCGGGACUCCGGGCUGGGUCUGGGGUUUAGAGGUUCAGGCCCCUGGAGCAGCUGAGGGACCUCUCAGAGCCGGAAGGGCCACCCCCAGGGCAGGCUCCGGGCGGCCGGGCCCUGGGCCUGUGUGCUGCCCUCUGGUGGUGGAAGCUGCAUGUGGCGGGCCUCGUUUCUCUUCUUUUGUUCAAUGAAUGUAUCUUGGCUCCUGCCAUCAAGUGCGGAGCCCGUAUGGGACAUAGCAGUGACCCGGGAUCUGAAGUGCCCCCGCCCACCAGGAAGUCAAGCCCCCUCCGUCCCGAACCUCGGGCGCGAAGGCCGUCCCGUCCCCCCUGCUUGGAGAGGACCUGUUGACACCGCGGACAGACGGACAGACGUGGCAGGGCUGUGAGCGGGGCAGCCCAGGCCACCAGCCCACCCGCGGUCCCCAGCCUCACAUGGACAAUCUGUUUCCUUGGCUGGGUCCAUGUCCUCCCUUCAGGAAAAUUCUGUGGCUCCGUAGCUCUUUGAAGCUUUAAUUAUUAACUUACUCUAAUUAAAGCCAUCUCCUUUCUUAUAAAAA